CAAGGUAUUCCCUCGUUCCGGACCAGUGCUUCCUCCACACCAUUGACUACAUCCAGGAACUUGGGUAAAUAAGUCCCCGCUGUGCAGGCAGAGGUUAAAGUGGACUGUGCCAGUUUUGACGGCGUUGUGAAAGAGUUUUCCGGGCAGAAAGAAGCAGCAGGGGGAGGGAUGAGACGCGGGAGAAGAAGAGGGAAAAUGGCGAUGGAGGGGCCUAGGCAUCAACCGCCUACCCUCGUCCCAUUGCUGAUGAGCGUGACGGCUGUGUUGAUCUCACACCACUUCUUCAACGCCGCUGCACAGAUACCAGACCCCGAGCUUCUGCCAACAGACCCUCCAAAAAAGCCAGAUCCAGUCACUUCAGAAUCAGUGGUGUUUUGGGGCCUUCGAUUAUGGCAGAUUGUAGGCAUUUUCUCCAUGUUCAUACUAGCAAUUAUAAUAACACUGUGCUGCAUCUUCAAAUGUCGAAUUCCACGAACGAAAAAAGAGAUAGAGGCUCGGCACGUACAAAGACAAGCCGCGAAAACAUAUGCCAACACACUGGAGACGGUGCCCCCCCUCAACGAACUCACAGAGAUGCCGGGAGCUCUUGCGGAAGCGUCAGCUCUGCAGACAGUCUCUGAUCAGGUACAGGCUCGCGGUAGUGGACAACUUCCUGUGGUCAGGGAAGAAGAUGAACCCGCCAAUCCAGUCACUUAGAGCGAUGCGCUCAAGCUCUCCUGUUCUUUCUGCCUGCCUGUCCUCAGCCUGCACUCCUGGAUGCCUUAGUGUAGAAAAGACCAU